AUGACUUGCUCUUCCGCCCUGACGCAGGAUCGGAACGGGGCCGAGAAGGUGGUCCACCCGGACCUGCUUGCCGCCAUCCCUGACAGCGUUCUUCUCCGCCUCUUCGAAGCUGUCGCUCAACAGUCGAAGCGCGAUCUCUGUACCGUCUCGCGACUCAACAAGCGGUAUCACGCCCUCGCUGAUGCUGUGCUGUACAAAACGGUUCUUUUUCUCAAUCCCGAGCUGCACCUGCUCUUCAGCGAGUCCCUCAGCCGUCGCCCACGCCGUGGCUCCGCCAUACAGCACGUCAAGCUAGCCUACCCCUCACACGAGCUCACAGCCCUGACGAUCGACGCUCAUGCCCCUGUUCACGGUUACCGUCCCCAAGAUGCUGCUCUUCGCUUCGACAGCCUGCCUCGCGCCAUUGCCGCCAUGUCCAAUCUCGAGACGCUCGACAUCUCCGUUCCCGUGACCCUCCUCCACGGCAUCGGCCAGCUGUUCAAUGGCCCCUUUGACCUGGCUUGCCUCAAGUCUGCCUCUCUCUUCUAUCAGUGCCCCGAGGAUGGCUACUGGGACCUCCGCGAGAACAUCCACAUCUUCGCCCACCCUACGCUCGAGUCACUGACCCUCCGUCGCGCGCGUCUCGAUUACCGCGGCUUCGACCUCAUGGAACAGCCCCACGCCACGGCCCUCAAGAAGCUGCACCUUGUCGAGUGUGACAUUAACGAUGACGCCCUGUCUGACCUUCUUGUCUUUCCCGAGGCCCUACAAGAGUUUGUCAUGACGCAGCUCGAGGACCCUCAGCCCGAACUUGAGGAGAGCUCCGACAUGUUUCGUGACUACAUGGUCGCCAUUGAUUCAGCCGCCGCCUCUCUGGAGACCGUCACCAUCGAUUUUCCCUCCCUGGCCGGCCACAAGCCGCUCGCCUUGCGCGAAUUUGAGAAGCUGACCACGCUGCGUAUGAAUUGGGACUACCAGCUCUUCGGCAAGACCUCUAGGAAGCCUAGGCUGCAGUCUGUCGGCCUGCCACCCUCGCUCGAGACGCUCGAAUUCUUUGGCGAGCUGGGCCGCGACGAGGAAGUCACCGAGCUGCUUGCGCACAUGAUUGAGCAUCUUGACCUCCACGCCGCCAAGCUCAAGAGGAUCGUCGUUGGGGAGGGUUCAGUGCCUCCCGAGGUGAAGGCGGCCUGUCUCAAGCACCCGCGGCUGAGGCUGGACGUGAUUGGAGAGUUUGACGUGAGCGAUGACGAGGGCGAGGAGCAGUCCGAGAAGGAGGAGCAGGGGCCUGAGAAGAGCCGGGAAAGCUUCGACGAUGACGAAAAGCCGGACGGGAAGCCAGAGGCGUCACAUGAAGAGUGGCCAAAGCUGGAGCACGACGGGAUAUUCAAGGACAAUUUGCACAGCGCGACCCAUCAGGUGGUAGACAUGGAGGUAGACAACAGGACGGACACUAGAGUCUAG